GUCAGCUGAAAAGAUAUAGUAUACUGCAGACAAAAUAUAAAAAUAACUAAAUAGAUUAAAUCUAGAAUUAAGCCUUUAAUAAGAUUUGACUUUUCUGAAAAAUAGUAUACAUCCGACCAAUUAAGUUUCCGACUUCGCGUAUAAUUCCUUUUUCAAUUUUUUUUCAACUUUCAAGGCGUUUACCGAAUUUUCAAGAUUCUCAAAGUCCAGCUUGUUAUUGCUGUGCUCCAUUUUCUUGUGUCAUCUCGGUUGAAGAAAUAUAUUGUUUGUGAAAAUGACUCCAACAGAAACGAUUAUUUUCAUACUUCUACCAGCCCUUUCUCAGUGCAGUGGUGAGUUCACACAGGAACUCCAACUGUCCCAGGAAGAAAUUGAUAAAUUCAAUUCUGGAGAUCUCGAUGCCAGAAAUCUAGUGAUGAAUCAAGUGAACUUGAUGUUCCAGAGUCAGCUGAACCAGACAAUGAGGAAAUCUAAUCUACAGGUGACUGCUGGCGAUUUCGACCUGCAGACUAACAUUCCUGACUUUGCAAUCGACACUGGCCAUUGCUUAGUGAGAGAAGUGAUUGUUGAGGAUGGCGUGGUGCAGGGAUCUUUCGAACCAGCUAUUUUUUCAACAGGUACAGUUAACUGCGAUCCAGAUGCAAACGACUUCCUCAAAGUGUGCAUCAAAAGCAAAGCCUCAUUUCAGUCUGAUGUCUGGUUACAGCUGGCACUGAAGCUCUUCUGGAGUGAUAAAUGUCUGGAUUAUGGGAUGAAGACUAUUCGACUUGACAAUUUGAUUGCGAGCGGAUAUAUGAUAGUCGAAGCACGAAUCGGAGGCAUCAACCCCAAAAUCGAUAAUCCUAAUGGUCAAAACCAACUGAAUUUUGGCUUCAACAUCACGCUGUCUGUUAAACCAGAAAACUGGGUCAUCGAUGAAGUUUCAGUGUCACGAUGCAAUAUAAUGUUUCUCGGUCUUAAAAUUGGCUCUUACUGCGGUUUUAUUGCACAUGAGGUGGAGAAACAUUUUCAACCCUACAUCGAUAACUGGAACAACUUCGAAGCUGAUAAAGUAAUCUCGAUUCUGGAAAAGGCCACUAACAAAUCCGUGGGUGAUCCAGUUUCGAUUCCAGUCAAAGUAGUGGACAAAGGGUGCGAAGGACGGCACGAGACUGGAGUCGGAUUUGAUCAGUUCGAGAAUGACGACUUGAACAAAAAGAAUCCAGAUUUUGACUUAGAGAUGUGGUUUUUCUCUUUUCAGCGACGACGCGAAAAUUGAGCGUCAAAACAAUUGAAAUGGAGCACGACAGCCUUCGUUGAUGUGAAAAAUUAGAUGAUCGAAAACUUAAAACGUGUAAAGUACAGAAUAACAUAUAAAAACUCAGACUUUUAAAACGCA